AAAAGGUAGUAUAUUUAGACAGGCUGAGCCACGCAUGGCCAUGGCGGUGCGUGUUUGCCUCUUUUUUCUCUCUUUCUCUCUCUAAAAAAGUUAAAAGAAGCUUAAUCAGUGACACAGAAGACGGGAGUGAAGAGAGAGAAAGAAGCGAGAGCCAACUCAGCUGUGGAGUGUGGAAAAUUGGAAAAAUGGAGAAGCUUCUCCACUGCUUGGCCACCUUCUUCCCUGUUCCUCUCCUGGUCUGUGUAUCCUCAGUUUCAGAGUAGAGACUACGGCGUCGCAUCGCUUUCCUGCUUCCUUUGCAUUUCUCUCCAUUUUCUUUCUUCUUUUGCUUAAAUGAUUAAUCAGAAGAUGGCUGCUGAGCUUGUCAAUUCUGCAACAAGCGAGAAACUAAAUGAAAUUGAUUGGACAAAAAAUAUUGAAAUUUGCGAAUUUGUUGCUCAUGAUCAAAGGCAAGCUAAAGAUGUCAUCAAAGCUAUCAAAAAACGACUGGGUAGUAAACAUGCAAAUUCUCAGCUUUAUGCAGUUAUGUUGUUGGAGAUGUUGAUGAACAAUAUUGGAGAAAAUAUUCAUAAGCAGGUGAUUGAUACAGGGAUUCUUCCUCUUCUUGUGAAGAUAGUCAAGAAAAAGUCAGACUUGCCAGUACGAGAGCGGAUAUUUCUCCUUCUAGAUGCCACACAGACAUCUCUUGGUGGUGCUUCUGGAAAGUUCCCUCAGUAUUAUAAUGCAUAUUAUGACUUAGUGAGUGCAGGAGUACAGUUUCCUCAAAGGCCUCCUGCAGUGCCCUCAAAUCGCCCUACUUCACAACCAAAUCAGAACAACUUAUCUAAUGGGCAUGGGGAAGUAGCAUCAUCUAGACAUGACACUAAGCAAGUGGAGCCUCAGAAUGUUCCUGAAUCUAGUAUCAUUCAAAAGGCUAGCAAUGCCUUGGAGGUUUUAAAAGAAGUCCUUGAUGCUGUCAGCAGUCAGAAUCCAGAGGGAGCUAGGGAUGAGUUUACACUUGAUCUUGUGGAACAAUGUUCAUUUCAAAAGCAAAGGGUGAUGCAUCUAGUGAUGACAUCUCGGGAUGAGAAGGUGGUUUCUCAAGCUAUUGAACUAAAUGAGCAGCUACAGAAAGUUCUUGCCAGACACGAUGCCCUUCUUUCAGCCAGGUCUACAUCAAUUGCUAAUCAUUUUAACGAGGAAGAAACAGAGGAGGAAGAGGAGGCUGAACAGCUUUUCCGAAGGUUACGGAAAGGAAAAGCGUGUGCAAGGCCUGAAGAUGAAGAGCACUCAGCUGAGCGGCCUCACUUGGGCUUGCUUGCAUCAUCCCUCUCUGGAGAAAGACUGAACCGUCCGCUUAUACGACCUCUGAGUUUGGAGCCAUCAGGUGAAAUGAAUGGACAUUCUCCGCCGGUUGCAAUUCCACCCCCGCCUGCAAAACAUGUUGAGAGGGAGAGAUACUUUCAGGAAAACAAGGAUGGUGUGUCUGGCCACAUGAGGGGUCUGUCAUUGCACAGCCGCAAUGCUAGUAGCUCUCACAGCGAAAGCAUAGAUUCCAGUGACUGACGGCAGGCUGGCUGAAUGUGGCUCUCUUCUAGAGGAGAAGACCACUAAGGCCUCAGCCCAUGUCCACAAAAAGCGUCCAACAUAAAAAUGUUAUGUUAAAUAUGUGGUACUUCUAUAUUUCUUUUGUGCUUGAAGGUGGUCUUUUUGUUUUUUUGUUUUUAUUUUUAUUUUUUUAAUUUAAUUUUCUUAAUGUAAAGGAACAUGAUACCUCAUUGUAGAGGUCAAGAUAGGAACAAGUAGCUUCAAAUUCAUCAGAGCUUUCCUUUGUUUUUUUGUUAGGUUGAACAUUGUAUGAAAACCAAUAACUGAAUCUAGGACCUUAAACCAGAUACAAUAUUUUUCUUAUCUUUUAGGUGAAUACAAAGUGACUUUUAUUAACUUA